UCAGUUUCGGCUUUGCUUUAUCUUCGUGUCAGGAUAAAAGCAAACGUUUCUUCUGCCGCGCGCGCGGUUGUUUGCCGGGACAAUAUAGCUGGCUUCUCUCUUGAAGCGUCCGUUCCGGAAAAGGUCAGGAAUCGUUCCGCUAGCAGUCAUUCAACGGAGAUACCAUGCGAGAAGGUAUUUCGAGUGCUUUUGGCACCUACGGGAAGAAAUACGUGCGAUAUGUGUUUCCAUAAAUUACGUAAAAGUGACAAUACAGCCGGCGUAUCGACCGAAUUGUAUCUUCUUCGUAACUCGAGUCAAAGUGGUAACAUUUGGUCUAUUGCUGUCUUUUUUGACGCUGAGUGAAGCCCAGUCAGACUGCAACUAUUUUCAAAACAUGGAACCUGGAGAAUCGUAUUAUAUAUAUAAUCCAAUGUAUCCCAAUUCGUACCCGCGAGGAAGCUAUUGCACGUGGAAAGCAAACAGCCCUUAUACCAUAAAACUUAAUUGUGAAGUCAAUAUGUCCACGAGUCCGGGUUGCAAUGAAGACCAGCUUUCGAUCCAAUUUGCUGGGCAAGAUAUAAAUAGCUAUUGCGGUACGGGUAGUUUAGAACUCGUGGGUUCAAAUGUAAUUGUCUACUUUAAAUCGUCAUAUUAUACGCAAGGGGGUAAAUUUUGGUGUCAUUUACGAUCGGAAAAACCGUUGGACGAUUGCAGAUGUGGUUGGAAGAAUCCGGCUCCAGCUAUAGUCGGCGGCAAGGAAACCGGUGUAAACGAAUUUCCAAUGAUGGCUGGUCUCGUUGAUAGCGUCGAAAGAAUUUUAUAUUGCGGCGCGACCAUAAUAAGUACGCAACACGUAAUAACAGCCGCUCAUUGUGUAAAGGACAGAGAUCCUGGAAAGCUUGGUGUAAUUGUCGGCGAACAUGAUACAAGUACAGGCACCGAAACCAAUGCGACCAAGUUGUACCGCAUGAAGGAGUGCAUGAUACAUCCUGGGUAUUUUCCUGGCAACACUAUUAAUCAGAACGACAUAGCUGUUUGUCAAAUUAUUGGCUCGAUAACAUAUAAUGACAAAGUCAGUCCAGUCUGUCUGCCAUUUCAGCAUAGUCGCGAUUCAUUUGACGAAUCUAUAGUGACGGCGUUGGGAUGGGGCCUAAAGGAAUUUGGCGGUGAAAAGGCGGUUGAGUUGCAUGGAGUGGAAUUGGACGUAAUCAACCUUUCGGAUUGCAAGCGAGCAUAUUAUGGCAUAACAGACGGUCACAUGUGCACUUACACCCCGGGGAAAGAUGCUUGUCAGAUGGAUAGUGGCGGGCCAGCGAUUUGGAAGAAUCCUAUCACGUAUAAUAAUGUGCUAGUCGGCAUUAUAUCUUCCGGAGUUGGUUGCGCUACCGACAAACCAGCUGUCUCUACGCGUGUUGGGCGCUACAUUGAUUGGAUACAGAGCGUAACACCUGGCGUGCGAUAUUGCCAACUGGAGUGAUCGUUCUAUGCUUAUGCAGAAGCGAAACGAUGAGGGAUAAUAGCACGAUAUUGCAGGAGAUGGAGCUGCUACUACACGCUGAUGCCAUGUUCGUGCAUACAUUUUUUAUCUUAUGAAACACACAUAUACACUAAAGGCCGGUCCAGAAUAAGUUGCAACGUUCAGUUGCGAAUUGCGGAAUGGCAAGUUGUCAAUUGCAAGUUACAAAUCAUUGCAACGCCUAAUCCACAUGUAGAUGUCGAAAGUUUGCAAGUUGCAAAGAAACAGCCAAUCAGAAAAUAGAACCCGCUUUUUCGUUGUCCUAUAAUUUUGAUUGAGACUUAGCUAGAAAAAUUGUCAAAUAAUAUUGGCUAUUUUGUGAAGUUUAAUGAAAGUUAUUUUAAUAAGAUAAGAUAGCGUUAAAACACAACAAGAAAUAAAUGAAAUUACUUGAUGUCUGACAGCUUCGAGGCUCUAUAUUGAAGCUAUGAAUUAAAAUUAACCUCAAAUUUUGCAUAAAGACGGUACAUAAAAAGAAAUAGCUGUUUUAUUGAGUAACAUAACAAUAAUUUUCCAAGCAUUAUCUAUUUUCUUCUAUUAUUCUUAAAAUUCGGUGCAGUUUUAUUAACUAGAGAUUGAUUUGUCUUUAUGUGUACAAUUAGUAAUCGUAUUUCGAACUCAUCCCAUUCUUUUGCAACUGCUUCAAACACAUCCAAUUCGUACUGCCCUUCAGUAUCUAUUUCUUUUUACAAAUAAUGGAAUGCAUACAAGAUAUCUACAAAACCAUGAAAAAUUACAUCACACCUUUUGUAUCACACAAUCUUUAUCUGUGGUGUCGUGUUUCAUUUUUCGUACUCUACCUGAACUCGAUACUUGAUUGACUGAGACGUUGCGAUUACCGAUUGCUCUUGCCAAGAAGAAGUUGAAAGUUGAGUAACUCUUUUUUAACAACCGCAAUUCCCUGUUGCGAUCGGAAAUAGUACUUUGCAACUAGUAGUAGUUGCUAUCCUUCGCAACUCGCAACCUAUUCUGAACCGGUCCUAAGAGAUACGUGCGAACAAUAUCAACACGAUGUAUCAAGUUUUAAUAUCACAUUGACGACGGUGAAUUAUAUUCGUUUUCAUUUGCAAGUAACAGUUAAUCUUUCA